AUGGAGUAUAGAGGUCUGGACGGCCGACCAAUCACUCACCCACCAAUGUUCCGACUCUUCACCAGAGAGUCUAUGACAAAAAUUAGAAAAAGAAUCCAAGAAGAAAAACAAGCGAAAGAUCUUUUGAAGCAGCAGGAAGAGGAACUAGGAAAAGAAGAUGACAAAAACAAAUUAUUAUUCGACGAAGACAAACCCCGACCCAACCCGCUGCUCAUGCAGGGCAUGGUGCUUCCUAGCAAGAUGGGCGAAUUCCCUCCCGAAAUGUGUGGCAUGCCUAUUGAAGAUUUCGACGAGUACUACCACAAUAAAUACGUUCAUUUGAUGUGUAGAAGUAGUUAA